AAAUCACGGGCAUGUAUGUGUAAAUGUAUCUUCUUCUUCUCGCCGUGUUCUCACCUCACCGCUUGUUCUCACAGUACCGCCUAACCCUCUCCCGCUCCAAAAUUCCCAACCAAAACUCCUUUUCAACUCUCAUCUGUCUCGCUUUCCACAGCCGUUGUACUUGUUUCGAUCGUUCUCAGCGGCCGUCAACUUUUUGGCUCGAUCCCUCUCUACGAUUUGUAGGUUAUAUAACCAACUAAAGAAGGCAUUUCCCAUUCCACUGAUCGGUUAAUUAGGGUUUUUGGUGUCUCUUCGUCUUACUUCCGCGGCGUUUUCCGUUCCAGUGCAGCGGUUGAGGCUUAGGGUUUUUGGAAUGGAGGAGGAUUCUAAGCCGAAGGGAUUGGCGAGCUUGCUGGCGGCACGCAGAUCUCUUCAAGCAAGCCUUGACCGGUCUCGCGCCCUGGCCUCCGCCCUCGACCGCGCUGGCCCCCGCAUCGGGGAGAUCCAGCAGCGUCUUCCCUCCUUGGAGGCCGCAGUCCGUCCGAUCCGAGCACGCCGCGAGGCUCUCGUGUCCGCUGCAGGCCAUAUCGACCGUGCCGUUGGCCCGGCCGCCGCCGUCCUGAAAGUUUUUGACGCAGUUCACGGCCUCGAGCACUCCCUCCUCGCAGACCCCCGCACAGACCUUCCUGCUUACCUCUCUCUCCUCCAACGCCUCGAGGAAGCCCUCCGCUUCCUCUCUGACAACUGCAGCCUCGCCGUCCAGUGGCUUGAUGACAUUGUCGACUACCUUUCAGAUCACUCGUUGGCCGACUCUCGCUUUGUGUCUCUCCUCAAGUCUUCACUCGAGUCUCUGAAGUCCUCAUCGGCGCCACUUGAUGGCGGCCUUCUUGUUGCCGCCUUAGACAAACUUGAGGGGGAGUUUCGCCGCCUAUUGGAUGAUCACUCCUCCCCCCUCGCCAUGACUAGUUCGGGCGAUGACAUGACCAUCGCUCCAUCUCCGCUUCCUGUGCAGAUCAUUGCCAAGCUCCAGGCAAUCCUCGAGCGGAUGAAUGCAAAUAAUCGCCUAAACCGAUGCGUGGCCAUUUAUACAGAGGUCCGUGUCUCCAUUGUCCAAGCCAGCCUCCGAGCCCUCGACCUAGGCUACCUGGAGAUUACGCAGGCAGAAUUUGAUCACGUGCAGAGCAUCCAGGCACACAUUGACAAAUGGGCGCGCCAUCUGGAAUUUUCCGUGAAGCACCUCUUAGAAGCGGAGUACAAGCUCUGUGCUGAUGUGUUCGAGCGGGCUGGGCCACCGGAAUUGUGGACAGGGUGCUUUGCAGAGAUUGCAGCGCAGACAGGCAUCUUAGCCUUCCUUCGGUUCGGGAAGACAGUAACUGAGAGCAAGAAGGAUCCUAUCAAGCUGCUUAAGCUGCUCGACAUAUUCAACUCUUUGAACAAGCUAAGAUUGGAUUUUAAUAGGUUAUUUGGCGGUAAAGCUUGCGCUGACAUCCAGAAUCAAACAAGGGAUCUGAUAAAAAGGGUGAUCAAUGGUGCCUGCGAAAUUUUUGGGGAGCUUUUGGUUCAGGUGGAGCUGCAGAGGGCAAACCCGCCACCAUCUGAUGGUGGUGUACCAAGGCUAAUUAGCUUCAUCACAAAUUACUGUAACACCCUUCUUGGGGAGGAUUAUCGGCCAGUUCUCACUCUUGUUCUGGUCAUACAAAGAAGCUGGGAGCAGAAAAAAUUCCAGGACAGUCUCCUUAUUGACGCCAUUCUGAAUAUAAUGAAGGCCAUUGAAGCCAACUUUGAGAACUGGUCCAAGCUCUAUGCGGAUACUACACUUUCGUAUCUCUUCAUGAUGAAUACCCACUGGCAUUUCUUCAAGAACUUGAAGGGCACCAAGCUUGGGGAGCUUCUGGGCGAUACAUGGCUGAGGGAGCAUGAACAGUACAAGGACUAUUAUGCUAAUUUUUUCAUCAGGGAGAGCUGGGGGAAGCUCCCCUCAUUGUUGAGCAGGGAUGGUUUAAUUCUUCUAUCUGGAGGAGGAAGGGCUACUGCCAGGGACCUGGUGAAGAAGAGGUUGAAAGCUUUUAAUGAGAUGUUUGAUGAGAUGUAUCAGAAGCAGUCUAGUUGGGUUAUAUCUGAUAAUGAUUUGAGGGUUAAGAUAUGCCAGCUCGUUGUUCAGGCCAUAGUUCCCGUUUAUCGCAGCUAUAUGCAGAACUAUGGUCCUCUUGUAGAGCAAGAUGCUAGUGCAAGUAAAUAUGUCAAGUACACUGCAGAGGGAGUGGAGAAAAUGCUAGGAUCUCUCUUUCAGCAUAAGCCUGAGAGGUCUAUGAGCUUAAGGUCUAGACAAACAAAUGGUAAAGUAAGUCCUGCCAUGAUAAGCAAAUAUCACACAACUCCGACAGUUGUGUGAAAGUGAUUCAUUCCCUGAUUCCAUAGAAGAGGAGGAAACAUAGAUUAUUUGUAUAUACUCUGAUUCCCAAUUGGACUCUGAGAGUUAUCUCGCAAUUUUGUUGCUGUAUUGAGUGCAUAUUUCUAGUGAUGACCUAAUGAAGAUGCAUUUUUUUUGGAUUUCUAGUCCUAUGAUGGAACAUCUAAUUGGAAAAAACCAGCCAUUCCACAAGAAGAUAUGAUCUUUCACUCUUCUUAAGAGAGGAUUCAGGAUGCUGUAUUGAGUGCAUAUUUCUAGUGAUGAUCUUAUGAAGAUGCAUUUUUUUUUUUUUUUGGAUUUCUAGUCCUAUGAUGGAACAUCUAAUUGGAGAAAAUCAGCCAUUCCACAAGAAGAUAUGAUCUUUCACUCUUCUUAAGAGGAUUCAGGAUUGAGUGCAUAUUUCUAGUGAUGAUCUUAUGAAGAUGCAUUUUUUUUGGAUUUCUAGUCCUAUGAUGGAACACCUAAUUGGAGAAAACCAGCCAUUCCACAAGAAGAUGUGAUCUUUCAGGCUUCUUAAGAGGGAUUCAAGAUGCUGGUGCGUACUCAAACUUCUUAAGUUUGAAUAUUAUGGAUGAUGGUCAUGGCACAUUUCUGAUAGAGGUUGCAUCUGUUUAAACCAUUAUUUUUUCUGUUAACAUGUAUUAUAUUUCUCUAGUUCCUAUUCAUUAUUAGACUGUUAGGAUGAGGAAGUAAAAAAAAAAAACACAUGUAAGAUGUAUUUAGUAAAUUUAUAAAUUAAGAGUCAUUUUCCUUACCAUCCAAAGUCUCCAUCGUUAUCCAACUGCAUUGAAAUCUUCUUUUUUUUCUUGCUUUCUUAUUUCAGGGGGCAUAUAUGUGCUGUUUUUUCUUUCUCAUAUAGUUGUAGUCUAGCUCUGCAAGAUGAAAUUUGGUCAUUGCAAUCCGGACAAUCUUGUCACAUCUAGAUUAUCUUUCGCUACAGAGAAGUUAAUGGCCUCCACAUCUAUUUUAUGAGAAAUGAUAUAAAACCU